AUGGCCGCACCACGGGAUCCAUGCUUCUAUAAGGAGACACCUCUUGUACUUAACAGUUUUAGCCCAGAAAGCAUCCCAAUAACAUACACAAUCACCGCAAAUUCGUCGCAAACAACACGUGCUCCUGUGGAGCCUGCCAGCUACCAACAAGCGGAACAAGGAUCGAUACUUAAAUUAAACAAUGACAUUCAAGGAUAUAUUUUUUGGCAAGUUGUGGACGCGGGAUGCGCACUAGAUCUCAGAUACAUGUCACUCACGGACGGAGAGAACACAACCCCUACGUUAGAUCAGGCGGGGCCGGUUUUCCCCGUUCGGUUCUCGUUUGGUGGACCCAUAGUGCCAAAAGUCGCGUUCUUCGAAGGUGUCGGAAUCGUGCUAUGCCUCAUAUUAGUUAAAGACAUCCUAUACCGUCUUCGCUUACCCAUAAAAGACAUAUUCAAAGCAAAAAGAUUAACCGGAGAUUAUUACACGUAUGCCAAGCUACGUACCCUUCAAGACCGGCAACCAUGCAUAAUAACAGUACUCGACUAUAACAACUUUGUCGUAGGCUGUAAGGAUGGGGCAAUGUUCAAUUAUAAUUAUGAUAGUAUACGGACACAACAGCUUCGCCAAGCAAGCCCGCGCACCAUUGAAGACACAUUCAACGAAACUGAACUUGCAGAACCGUUAAUAAAACAGCUAAAGAAUCUCGGUUCUUUGUUGAUGUACUACGGCAAGCGAUCACAAUCAGAAUUAGACGAUAAUUCCUAUAGUGAUAGCUCAUCAUUUCAACCUAUCUCGAUGGCUUCACACAUAGAUGGUAGUCUCAAAUUCGUGGUCAGUCUGUCUCGGGAUCGAAGAAUAAAAGUAUGUUCACUGUCGACUAGUGAACAUCUCGACGACAGGCCGCUGAAAUCUGCAGGAGUAAUGGAGAAUAGCGAUUCCGAAGACGAUGAGUCGGUCAAUAACGAUGCCAAUUUUGACGAAUCCACAGCCGAUCAAGGAGACGAUAACAUUAGAAUGCCGGAUUUGCCCCCUCACAGUAAAAGUUAUAUUUGCAUACUUAGUGGGGGGGUGAAAUUCCCAAGGACAUUCAAUUUCCUGGUGUACGUACCUUAUCUUGACAGCGGCCUUUUUGUCUUGUAUCGUGUUCGUUAUGAACAAAAAGGUGCCCUUAAAAGUCUGGACAUUAUUGGUCAAAUACGAUGUACGGCAGAUGAAUAUCUCAAAGAGAAUGCACGUGCCCAUGCCUUUGUCAAAUUAGUGGGCAUUGUUGCAGUAAAAAAAUAUGAAAACAAAAUCGAAUCUCCGUUUGACAAUUCUGUUGGGACGCAAGUUUGGACUUUGUGGACUCUAUGGGAUAGAGCAGGGCGUGCUACAGUUGCAUAUACAGACUUGAAGAUAACCUUUUUCAAAAGUCUAACGGAAGAAUGCGUUGCGGGUGGAAUGUCUUUACACGGCGCAUCUUAUAGACAAAAUUGGAUGAUAGUCGCACAUCCUUUACCAGAGCGACUCAAUCCAACCCAAUUUCUAAAAGACACAGUUAACGCCGAAGUCAUCAAUGAGGAAUUUCUCGAGUAUACGUUAAUUCCUGGUCGAUUCUCCGCAGCCAUUAUCCAGUCGAGUCUAGUGAAUUUCAUAACCGAAAGCAACGAUCUCCAACUUUGCAAGAGACAAUCUCAAUUAUUGCAAGAUGCCAGGGACAUUAGAGAUAAAGUUAAAGAUUAUGUUACAGGACAUGUUGUCAGGCAACUUGAUCCUGAGACUGGAUUGAUACGCGAAAGUCAGUAUAUCGAAGAUUUGCAGGCAGAAUGGAUAAGAUUUUUGUCAAAAUGUCAUCAACUUUUAGAAGAUGCUCAGAAACCUAUAUUUCUAAUGGUUGACGUGUCCUCCAGACUCUUUUCCAUCAUUAAACAACAUGGUAUAUCGGUUUUGCGUCUAUGUGAGGCAUUAGAAGUUAUACAUCAACAUUUCGAGGGAGAACAUAAUGAGGAUCGCCUUGAAAGCAUAUCCGUUGAUGCCUUUAUUCCUCAAUAUGCGUGUUUAUCGGAUGAGCGAGAGCGAGUGGAUGUUAUAAGAAUUUUCAAAGCUGCAGACUUUGUAGUAUCAAGAUUUCAGUCUGAUAUCAUUGGCUUAGAAGAACAGUUGAUGGUAGGACUACUGGGCAUACAGGAAGAACCAACAAUAACGGUCGCUGUAAACUUUUAUAUACAAUUUAUGAGCAAAAAUAUUGGAGAUCAUUCGGACACAAUAUGGUCAAUUGUCAAAUCGACAGGAAAAUGGCGGAGAUGUGUAAGAUCCAUUAUAGAAAUGUUAAACGGCGUGUUAGAAGACAAGCGUAUACCAAAUGCCGAGUAUACUUCUUCGAUAUUCGCAAAUGCAUUGUAUGCAUCUUCAACCCAACAAGUCAUUCAGACACGUUACAAGAUAUCUCGCAACAUUUUGCUGUUGUUGAUUGCUCUCGCAUCUUCUUCAUAUAAUGACGAAUUAGGGGGCACAAGGAAACUCCUCGGAAGUGCAAUGAUGACAUACCAUACACAGAGGCUCCUCAUGUGGAUUUCAAAACAAUGCAUACCACCAUCAACGUCGCAAGAAGACAAUUCAGAAGACAACAUUAUUGAGAAAUUUUCGGUUCUCAAUUUUAACAACCAAAGAAAAUUUACUAGCAAUGCCUCUCAAUUUAUCCGUCACAGUUUGAUACAAUCUCUUCUUCAUCACCACUAUUCUGCAUCUUCAGUGUCUGUGACUAAGGAUGCGGCGGCUCUUCUGCUCGUUGGAGUCCACAAAUUUCUAAGGAAGGUAGAAAUGUUGGAUAACCAUAUACCACCGACUGUAAUGACGACCGAAGCGUUUGUCAAGCUUGGAGACGUUUUCGAAGUGUCUGGAUAUGCAAGCUUACUCGAGAGAUACCUUGGUUUUUUGCAUAGAACGCCAGCAGUAAUGUAUCUCUAUGGCAAACUCUACUUAAGAAAGGCAGAUUAUGUCAACGCAAAGGUUAACUUCGACAAGGCAGCAUCUGGAUAUAUUGGUAACCUGCUCGUGCCUCCGUACACUGGAAAGCCAUUGAUACGAUCUCAGGAUACAGUCUAUGCUGACAUCUCUGCAUUUUAUGUUCAUGUUGCUGAUCUGUUCGAUAAUCAUAAGCAAGAUUUGUAUGUCAUAAGAUAUUGCAAAUUAGCUUUGAAUGCCUUCAAUGAAAUGCAGAAAAGCACUCCAGAAGGUCAUACACGUUGUGUACAGUUAUGGAAACGUAUGUUCAAUCGUGGAUUAUCUGCGAACGCUUUUGGGCAAGCGUACUGGGCAGCAAAGUCUAACCCGGAUCAGAAACUUCGAGAAGAAGGUCUUCGACGCUUGAUUAUGGAUAUGAUUAAAAAACAAGAAGUGGUGAGCUUGCAUCAAAUGGGGUUCGUUGGCGUACGUGAACGUAUUUUCGAAAAGACUUUGGAGAACGCAAUAGAAGAUGCUUCAUUAGCUGGUUUGCAUGUUGCGAAAAUCGUACAUGCAAGCUAUAUUCAAAGCGGUAAAUAUAAGCAAGCAGCAAAAGUAAUGUAUGAGAAUGCGCAGAGAAUUGGAAGGAACAAUACCAAUUCCACAAACUUUUUCGAGAUGGCAACAGAACAAGCACAAAGUUACCUUGCGGCUAUUAAUUCUCUCGAGUUGCUUACUGAUAGAAAUGCAUGGUUCCAAAUUAAUUCGGACCGAGUAGUUGAAGUUUCGAACCCAAAACGUCGGAAAAUUGACGUGUCUUUGCCAAUGGAAGUUGAUCCGUCCGGUGCUCGAACUGAUUUGGUCGUUAUUGAGGAGAUCAGGCGUGAAUACGAGCUCAUAAUGGCCAAGCUGAAGCUAGGAAAACGUAUAGGAGCUGCUGCUGGACCCAUGAACGUUAAACAGGUCAUUGCAACAUGUACAGAAUAUCAAGAAUACGAAACAGCAGCGACCGUUGCGAAGGCUUUCAAUCAGGACAUGACUGACAUAUUCCGAAGUAUAACAUACAAGUGUAUGAUAAUGUCGGAAUUUGGGGCACCUCAAAAAGAUAGGAGUUACGAUUGGAUAUAUUCUAAUCAAUGGGCAAGCCUCCUUGACGGUACAGAAGUGACGCGUGCAUGGGGAUUUUUGCAAUACUUCAUAGAUGAAUACGACAGAAUAGAUCAGACAGAAGGACGAUAUAGAAAUACCAUCUUAGAGGUUAUACUAACAUCAAAACAAAAUACAAAGAUACCGCCAUGGUUAUCAGACUUUUAUAAGAGAUAUAAUCCGAAGGAUUAUGUACGAAUAUUAUUGGAACAUAGUUAUUUAUUAGAGGCAGCAUCGUUCAUGAUUGAAUAUUUUGUAAUGGCUGAAGACUCUCCAACUUCAACCCCUUGGAUGCCAUAUACGACGAUAGACAUGAUUUUAGGUGCGGCUAAAGAAUAUAUUGAAGAGAGUGGCCGUUCAAACGAAGAACGAGAUCUAAUAAGAAAUCUAAUAGAAGAUCUCCAGAACCAGCUUAACCGCUAUUUACCAAACCAAGAGCAAUAA